UAGCUUGGUCGACGAAUGGCUUAAGGAUAAUGGCUUGCAGCUAGCUAUCCAGAAAACUGAAGGUGUACUUAUAACAAGCAGGAAGAAGAAAGAAAGUACGACUUUGAAUGUAAAUGGGGAAUCUCUUCACGAAGCACAGACGACAAAACGCUCCUGAACCCCUUAUCACAAAUGUGGAUGGGGGAAUACGGAAAUGGCGUUAUGGAGUGAGGCAUUCUGUAUGCCAUGGCCCCUCUCUGAUGAAAUGCGAAAGCAGUCCCGGGGAGGUGGCUUCAUCGGAGUUUCAUACGGGCCACUUGAUGGAUAGUGCGCUAUCCCAACGAUUAGUGCCUUUCAAUAGCACAGAACUCGAUGCAAAUAUUGCCGUGGACUAUGGCCUCGUCGUUGUUAUGCCACUUGUAUACCUAGUUUGCUACUACUACGUCAACUUUCAAGGGUUCGGCGUACACCAGUUGGUGGAAUGUAACAGCAUCUGCCGCCUUAGUAUCACACUUUUGAUAUAUGUGGGAUGUUUCCUUUAUUUAACGGUUCAUUUCCUAACGAUUUUGCGUCGAAAAUCAUUCUACAUCGAGUUUGGAAAAAGGCUGAAGGAAAUUGACGCACUAACUGCUGAUUGCGUCAAGUUGGCUAAUGGUCGUAACAAACUGGUUAUGCCUGAAAAGAAAAGGCUGUUCUAUAUAACUUGGGUACUUGUUUUAUUAGCAUUUGGAUUAUCAAUUUUCUACGAUGUAAAAGAGGCUUUCAAGUAUUACGGACCGUAUUGCAUUGUAUCAAACAUGGUUAUAACAUUCCCAUACGUUGCUGGAAGUAUAGUACAAGGAAUGUUCGUAUCAAAUGUGUCUAUAAUAUCAGAACGUUUUCGGGUGCUUAAUAUUCUAUUCGAUAAAAUCAAUCAUCAAAGAGAUAAAAAUAAUUCUCCCAUAGCACUCCUGGAUAUAGAAAGUGAUUCUAAAAAAAACUAUAACAGAGACCCUGCAGUCAUAAGCAAAUUUACGCAGAAUAAAACUGAGAAUCGACAACAGAGAAGCAUAAAAUCAGUUGAUACAAGCAAUACUAAUGACGGCGACUUUGCUGAAGGGUAUGAUUCUGCCGAAGAUGUGCAUUUCUCUAAAGCGUACGAUGAGGCCCGUUCAAGUAAUGG